AUGAGUUCCGCGAUGUGCUCGCCGCCGGCGAGAGCGAGACGGCCCGUGCCCCGUGGUCGCAUCGCCAGGCGGAGGAUCACCAAACUCUCGGCUUUCGCCUCCUCCGCCUCCUCGAUCGAUACCUGCGUGUUGAGCGUCGAUGUUGGGACCACCGCAUUGAAGGCGAUGCUCCUCGCGCCCGACGGCACGGCGAUCGCCUCCACGGAACGCGCGUACGCGACUGGCACGACGAGCGGCGAGUCUGGUCUCAGCGGAGCGAUCGAGCAGCAACCUGGCGAGUGGUUGGACGCCUUCAUCGAAGCGUCGCACGACCUGCUCGACCCGCUCGGUACCGACGCGUCACCCGCGGGCAUCGCGUUGAGCGGCCAGAUGCAAAACGUGUGCCCGGUGAGCGAUGGUCGGUCGCUCAGGUCAUGCCUGCUGUACUCCGACGUCAGGGCGAUGAGGGAGGCGGAUGAUAUCGCCGAGAAGCUCGCCAUGGACGGCUCGAGCGCGGAGGCGAAGCUCGCCAACUUUAAGGGUGCCGCGGCUUGCCUCUGCAAGUGGCUGUGGCUCGCUCGCAACGACGGCGAGACGCUGCGCAAGUCGACGAGGCUUCUGCUCGGUGCGCACAGCUACGUGGCAUACGCGCUGUGCGGCGGCGAUGACGAGGCGUGCGCGUGCGAUCCCACGACGGCAUCCACCACCGGUUUGCUUACCCCGCCGAGGCUGUCGCGCGCCGGGACGAUGCCGCCGGAACCUACCUGGGCGGUUGAGUCGAUCGGGGCGUUCGACGGCGUGGAUCCCAGCCUGUUGCCGCGGCUGGUGAACGGUGCGUCGCCCGCGCCCAUCGGCGAGGUAUCGAGGUCGACGGUUCAAGGUUUGAACCUUCCCGCGUCCCUCGUCGGCGUGCCGGUGUUUCACGGCGUCGGCGACCUGGCGAGCACAACCGUGGGAGCCGUGGGGAUAGGCGCGAGCUCAGGCGCAUCCUACGUGUACCUCGGGACGAGCGGUUGGAUCGCGAGAUGCGUGCCGUGGUCGGACAUCCUCAGCGUCGAUGGGACGGAGGAUAGGUACGUGGGUGAUGGCGUGUUCCGCCUUCUUCAUCCGGAUCCGUCGUUGGCGAUAGUCGCCGCCAGCAUGGUCACGGCGGGGGGUAACGUGGAGUGGGCACGAAAGACGCUACUGCCGAAGGGAAGCAACUCGGCGAAGGACCUGGACGCGAGAGCGAAUGAUGCAAAACCCGGGAGCGACGGCGUGCUAUAUCUCCCUCACCUGAACGGCGAAAGAUCACCGUUUACGGAUCCCACCGCGAGGGGAGCGCUCGUCAACUUAUCGCCCGCGACGACAACCGGGACGAUGUGCCGCGCGGUGCUCGAGGGCGUGGCGUACAACUACAGGACGCUCUCAAACUCACUCGGGAUGGAAACGACGACGGGAGUGAUCGAUGAGCCGCUUCCGAUGGUGGGUGGCGGAGCUCGGUCAAAGCUAUGGACGUCAACCAUCGCGGAUGUCCUCCGUCGACCGAUUGCGCCGACAUCCGACGCAGCCUCCGUCGCGGCGAGGGGAUGCGCGGCAGGGGCGUUCAGGUACCUGCGGCUGUGGGAAGGCGCCGACGGGGAUUUGCCACCGGACGGAUACUUCCCAGGAGGCCAGGUUGGUUCGGUAGACGGGGUGGUGACUCCAAACGACGCAAACGCAUCCGUUCACGACGGAAACUACGCGGUUUGGUCAAAGUUACACGAAGCGCUCAAGAACGCUGGCGCGGGGGAGCUGGUGCGAUAG